GUGUGCCCGACGACUCCAAGAUUUCGGCUCUUUUGCGCUGACGGCCACUUUGAAAGGCCUUAUUUUUAGAAAAAUAUAAUUCAUUAAAUUCCCCAAAGUUCGUCGCAGACCCAAUGUCCGGCGUGGAGUUCGGUGUGCGUACAUUGUCCCCGCCCGUGCAACGCAAAGCUUAGAGCUGACAAAUAACAACAACCAAACAUAAAGGUUUAGGCAUCUUGCACAACCAGUUACCCGCAGGAUAUAGAAAAGGACUCACAGGAUGGCCGAGGCUAUGGUGGAGGAUAGGGCUGCAGAGCCGAAACGCUUCUUCUGCCACAUGUGCAACGUGGAAAUCAACAUUCCCAACGCGGACUUCACCUGCCCGCUGUGUGCCAACGGCUUCGUGGAGGAGCUACCGGCGAACGCGCCGGAAUCGGUUUCACCGGCAGCUGCCACCACAAGCGGUGGCCGAUCAGGCAGCAGCGGAUCAACAGGAUCGCAAGAUGGCCAAAGCAGAAGCAGCUCAUCCACAGGCUCCCAGGUUAACGUUGAGUCACUGCGCAAUGACAUAGUCUCGCUACUGAGUAUGCGGAAUGUACCGAACUUGGAGAUUACCAUUGAACCAAAUAGGCGGCACGGCAAUGUGGUGCACCUGGGCGGGUUCGGAGGACCUUCGGCUAGUUCGUCGGCCGGUUUGACCGCCGGGGGACGUGUGCGUCCUGCAAAUCUUGAUCGUCUUGACAACGUGCUGUUUGAUUUUCUGCAGAGUCUGCCCUUGGCCGGCGCCACGGCUGAAAUAGUUACUGGACCUGGCGGUAGCGUCGGUGGGGGUGGUAAUUCACACAUGUUUUUUAUGGGAAACCCCGGAGACUAUGCAUGGGGCCGGGAGGGCUUGGACACCAUUGUUACCCAGAUGCUCAACCAGAUGGAGACCUCGGGACCGCCACCGUUAUCAUCGCAACGCAUAAACGAGAUACCCAAUGUGCAGAUCACUGCCGAGGAGGUGGAACGAAAGAUUCAGUGCUCUAUAUGCUGGGACGAUUUCAAACUUGACGAAACUGUGCGAAAGCUACCAUGUUCGCAUCUAUACCACGAGAAUUGCAUUGUGCCAUGGUUAAAUCUUCACAGCACCUGUCCCAUUUGCCGAAAAUCACUUGCGGACGACGGCAGUGAUGCCGACGAGGAAUUCGUCCUCCUGGACGGAUUUUCUGCCGAAAAUGGAGCAGAUGCUGCCAGGAAUUCGACCAGCAAUGCUACAGGAACAGAGAACCCAGCCCCAACCAACAGUACCAGCAGCUCCACCCAAACUCCCACGGACAGAAACCGAGCCCGUACGGAAGCUUCUGCGAAUCCCGCCCAGCCUCGCAACAACGUCUUCACAUUUGACGACGACAACAUGUUUCUGGACUAACUGGGUCAAAAUAACGAUCGACGGAUUGAUAUUCAAAAUUAAGCCAAUUAUUGGCCGCGGCUUAGCAGUUUAGCCCUAAAAUACAAUUAUUCAUAUAUAUAUAAUAGAUUUUCCUCACGCUUAAUUUUGUUGUUGUUCAAAAUAACGAUUUGUAAUAAAUAUAUGGCGGAAUAUUACGCGAUUCCGUUGGCUCUGCAAAACUAGA